AUGCAGCAAAAAGUAGUUUUAAAGUUGCAAAUGGACUGUGACAAAUGCAGAAACAAGGCCCUGAAAAUUGCUGCAGAGAUACAAGGUGUGACUUCGGUGUCACUUGAAGGGGAUGAAAAGGAUCGUGUUGCUGUGACCGGUGACAACAUCGACAUGAUUUGCUUGGCUAAUCAGCUGAAGAAGAAGUUCCGCUCUGUCAUCAUUCUGAGUGUUGAAGAGGUGAAAAAACCAGCUGACAAGAAAAAGGAGGAAGAAAAGAAAAAGGAGAAAGAAAAGAAAAAGGAGGAAGAAAAGAAUAAGGGUUGUGCUGUUCUGUGUCUUCCCCCCUGUGAUCUAUGUACCAAGUGUCAUAGCCCCAGUUGCAAGGGUAAGUGUGAUAAAUACUCAAAGUGCAACAAUCUUAAGUGUGAUGGCAAGUGUGUCAUAAUCUGUAUUAAAUGUCAGAGUCCCAAGUGCCAUGGUCAAUGUAACCCUUGUUCCAAGUGUGAAAGUCCCAAGUGUGAUGGCAAGUGUGUCAUCAAUUGUUUUCAUUGCCACAAUCCAAAGUGUCAUGGUGAGUGUAAGCCUCCUCCACCCUGCUUUGUUCAGUGUCCUCCAGGGUGCACCUGUCACAAAUGCUAUGUACCUUAUCCACCUUGUUACCCUUAUCCCCCUUAUUGCAGGGUGGUUUAUGAUCCAAACCCUGAUAGUUGCUCCAUCAUGUGA